AUGCAGGCUGUGUACUGGUACGCGGUCCUUCUGCUGCAGCCCACCCUCUACCUGGUAACCUGUGCAAAUUUAACAAAUGGAGGAAAAACAGAACUUCUAAAAUCAGGAAGCUCCAAAUCCACACUAAAGCACAUAUGGACAGAAAGUAGCAAAGACUUGUCCAUCAGCCGCCUGCUGUCACAGACUUUUCGUGGAAAGGAAAACGAUACAGAUUUGGACCUGCGAUACGAUGCCCCAGAAACUUAUUCUGAGCAAGAUCUCUGGGACUGGCUGAGGAACUCCACAGACCUGCAAGAGCCUCGGCCCAGAGCAAAGAGACGGCCCAUCGUCAAGACUGGGAAAUUUAAGAAAAUGUUUGGCUGGGGCGAUUUUCAUUCCAACAUCAAGACUGUGAAGCUAAAUCUGUUAAUAACAGGGAAAAUCGUUGACCAUGGCAAUGGGACGUUUAGUGUUUACUUCAGGCAUAACUCCACUGGUCAAGGGAAUGUGUCUGUAAGCCUAGUGCCCCCUACAAAAAUAGUGGAAUUUGACUUGGCACAGCAGACAGUGAUUGAUGCCAAAGAUUCCAAGUCCUUUAACUGUCGAAUCGAGUAUGAAAAGGUUGACAAGGCUACCAAGAACACACUCUGCAACUAUGACCCUUCAAAAACCUGUUAUCAGGAGCAGACCCAGAGCCAUGUGUCAUGGCUCUGCUCCAAGCCCUUUAAAGUAAUCUGUAUUUACAUUUCCUUUUAUAGUACAGAUUAUAAACUAGUACAGAAGGUGUGUCCUGAUUACAACUACCACAGUGACACACCCUACUUCCCAUCAGGGUGA